AUGCCACGAUCAGCUGAACAUAUUUGUGAAUUUGCAGGCGGCCUCUCGGAGUCUGCAGGCCCGUUGCAGACGGCCGACGCUCAGGCCGCGGCGGCGGACGAGAGGGCCUCGGCAAACGGCAAUGGCGCGGGCCCCGCGUCCGCGGUCGCGGAGCGGCCCCGGACUCCAGCGGAGGAGCGGCAGGGCUUCCCCAGCAUCAGCGGCAGCGGCGGCGUGGAUGAGUACGAGGGCAUCCAGAUGCAGGCCAGCCAGCGGACGUCGGGGCUCUUGGUCAGGGUGCGCAACAUGGUAAAGCACUUCAACACAUCCAAGGGCGUCUUCAAGGCGGUCCAAGGCGUCGACGUUGAUAUCGAGCCCUCCUCGAUCUGCGCCCUCCUCGGGCCCAGCGGCAGCGGCAAGACGACGCUGCUGCGGCUGAUCGCGGGGCUGGAGGGCGUGACAGACGGGCGGAUCUACUUUGACGACCUCGACGCGACAGAUCUGGCGGUGCAGGACCGGCAGGUGGGCAUGGUGUUCCAAAGCUACGCACUGUUCAACCAUAAGACAGUGGCGGAGAACGUGAUGUUUGGCCUCGAGGUCCGCAAGCUGGACGUCGACAGGCGGAAGCGCGUGGAGGACCUGCUAGAGCUGGUGCAGCUAACGGGCCUCGGCGACCGCUACCCCCGCCAGCUCAGCGGCGGCCAGCGCCAGCGCGUCGCCCUCGCGCGCGCGCUGGCAUCCAACCCGAAGCUGCUGCUGCUUGACGAGCCGUUUGGGGCGCUGGAUGCGGUGGUGCGGAAGCAGCUGCGGGCGGGGCUCAAGGAGAUCGUCCAGACGGUUGGCGUGACGACCAUCAUCGUGACUCACGACCAGGAAGAGGCGUUUGACCUGGCUGACAAGGUCGUGAUCUUCAACCGCGGCUUUAUUGAGCAGAUCGGGUCCCCCACAGAGAUCAUCCGGCGCCCGGCAACGCCUUUUGUGAUGAAGUUUGUGGGCGACACAAACGACGUCCCCGCGGCCUCGCUGCUCGUGCGCAGGAGCAGAUUCCUGACCUCCAAGAGCCGUGUCAUGUUCCGCCCCAGCGACAUCCAGCUGUUCACGGAAUUCGUUGAGUCUGUGGACGGCCACCUGGUGACCGGCGCGACCGUCAGCGAGCGCGCCAACCUCGGGUGGACCGUCCGCUACACCCUGCGCUUUGACGAUGAUGUGGAGGUUGAGUACUCUGUCACACGGGAGCAGGCAGACGGCCGCCUGGGCCUCGACAUCGGGCAGAGGAUCUACCUGUACGUGAAGCCCGAGGCGAUGAUGGGCUUCGAGCCCGAGGACAUCGACAGCGCCCCGAUAUUGUGA